AUGGGUGGCGAGUCUCAUCGCAACAUGGUGGCCGCUUCCGACUACCCCAGACACGCGGCCGGUCCCGUAGGCAAGCAGAUCCACCACAUUUAUCAGGACCGCUUGAGGCAAUUCACAGACGGCGGACAGUAUCGGGAGCAAGGCAUCGUUGGCAAGCUGCGCGAAGCUACCGCCUCGGGCCCCGAAUGGGUCAAGCUGUCCGUCUACUCGCCGCCAAACCUCUCGCGCCCGCUGUUCAAGGAAGCGACGUCCCAUGAAUUCAAAGAUACGAAGGUCGGCGAGUCGUUUGGGCCGAGUUGGUCGACGCAUUGGUUCAAGGUGCGGCUUACGGUGCCGAAGGAUAUGCUGAAGAAAGAGCGCCUGGAGUUUGUGUGGGAUGCGAAUAACGAGGGCUUGAUUUGGACCGAGGAUGGACAUACUGUGCAUGGCUUGACUGGCGGUGGUGAGCGUGUUGAGUGGAUUCUGCCAGACAGCUUCAGGGACGGCAAGGAACAUACGUUCUACAUCGAGAUGGCGUGCAAUGGCAUGUUUGGCAAUGCGCCGGGCGGAGACUCGAUUCAGCCCCCGGACCCGGAUAGGUACUAUCAGCUGCACACGGCGGAUAUCGUGGCUGUCAAUCUCGAGGCGAGGGCGCUGUACUUUGACUUUUGGGAGAUUUCGGAUGCGGCAAGGGAGUUCCCGGGUGAGUCGGUGGAGGCGCAUGAGGCGCAGCAGGUGGCGAAUCGCAUUAUUGACGCUUUCAUCGCGGACGGUGGGAGUAAUGAGGGUAUUGCCGAGGGGCGCAAGAUUGCGAAGGGGUAUCUUGGAGACAAGAUUGACUCGCAUAAGGUGUAUGAGACGGACAAUGAGCCAAUUGUGUCGGGCAUUGGAUACUGUCACAUCGAUACGUGUUGGCUGUGGCCGUUCGCAGAGACAAAGCGCAAGGUCAAUCGGUCGUGGUCAAGUCAGUGCGAUCUGAUCGAGCGAUACCCCGAGUUGCGAUUCUGCUGCACACAGGCACAGCAGUACAAGUGGCUAGAACAAGAUUACCCUUCGACUUUCGAUCGCGUCAAGAAGAAGAUCAAGGAGGGCUCUUUCCAGCCCAUUGGUGGUAGCUGGGUCGAACACGACACCAACUUGCCUGGUGGAGAAUCACUGAUCAGGCAGUUCUUGUACGGCCAGCGCUACUUCGAGAGCAGGUUCGGACAGCGCUGCAAGACCUUCUGGUUGCCCGACACUUUCGGCUACUCGACACAAUUACCACAAGUCUGCCGCAUUUCUGGUAUGACGAGGUUUCUCACACAGAAGUUGAGCUGGAACAACAUCAACAACUUCCCGCAUACGACGUUCAAUUGGGUUGCGCUCGACAACAGCCAGGUCAUCUGCCAUAUGCCACCAUGCGAAACAUACACAGCUGAAGCCGACUUUGGCGAUGUCAAGAGAAGUGUGUCACAACACAAGUCGCUCGACCAAGACAAGACAUCACUACUUGUCUUUGGUAAGGGUGAUGGUGGAGGCGGUCCAACAUGGCAGCACCUCGAGAAGCUCCGCCGAUGCCGCGGCAUGAGCGACAAGACCGGUCUUCUCCCCCGUAUUAAACUCGGUGGCUCUGCAGACGACUUCUUCGACCGUCUAGAGAAGAAGAUUGAGAAUGGCACUGAGCUAGUGACAUGGUAUGGCGAGCUCUACUUUGAGUUGCAUCGCGGCACGUACACUACACAAUCAAACAACAAGCGCAACAAUCGCAAAGCGGAGAUCAUGCUAAGAGAUAUUGAGUAUCUGGCCACCCUUGCAACUAUCAAGAAUGGCUUCGGAAAGAAGAGCGCGUACAAAUACCCAAAGAAGGACAUUGAUGACAUGUGGGAGAAUGUGCUGCUUUGCCAGUUUCAUGAUUGCUUGCCGGGCAGCUCGAUUGAGAUGUGCUAUGAUGACUCUGAUAAGAUUUAUGCUCAGGUCUUCUCCACUGGUGAGCGGUUGCUCUCAGAUGCGUUGUCGGAGCUCGGAUUCGACGAUGCGAAGAGCUUGACGGCGGAUAGCAAGCUCGUUGCCAUGAACACACUCCCGUGGCAGCGAAGUGAGAUCGUGAAGCUGCCCGGUGCUGCAAGCAAGGCACCAUACGGUCUCGCCCACGGCAAUGGUCUGGGCCCACUCGAUGUCCGGCCACUAGCUUCGCCAUAUUCUGCCAGUACCGCAGCGAUCAAGCAACUCAGCUCCAACGAAUUCGAGCUUCGCAACGCCCAGUUCAUCGUCAAGGUGACUGAUGGCGCCAUCACAUCUCUAUACGACAUCUCUGCGGACCGCGAGGUUGUCCCCAGGGGCCAGAAGGCUGCUCAACUCGUCAUCUACGACGACAAGCCGCUCUACUGGCAGGCUUGGGACGUCGAAGUCUACCACCUCAAGUCCCGCCAAGAACUCUCGCCCAGUAAAGUCACCAUCACUGAGUCCAGUAUUCACCGCGUAUCGCUCGAGAUUGAGACCAAGAUUUCAGACAAGUCCUGGAUCAAAACCACGUUGUCCCUCCCUGCAGCCGUCGGCAACGCCCCCACCGCCCUCGAAAUCGACGCCGACAUCGAAUGGCACGAGACCAUGAAAUUCCUCAAGGUCGAAUUCCCAGUCGACAUCGUCAACACCGAAGCCAGCUACGAAACGCAAUUCGGUGUCGUCCGCCGCCCGACCCACUACAACACGACCUGGGACAUGGCCAAGUUCGAAGUCUGCGUGCACAAAUGGGCCGACCUAAGUGAAGCUACCUACGGCGUUUCCAUUCUCAAUGACAGCAAAUUUGGUUUCGCUACCCAGGGCAACGUCAUGCGUCUCAGCCUGCUGAGAAGUCCCAAAGCCCCAGAUGCUCAUGCGGAUAUGGGCCACCACUCUACGCGCUACGCUAUCUUCCCGCACAAAGGUGGUCUGGAUGAACGCACGGUGAGAAAGGCAUUCGAAUUUAACAAUCCGCUUAAAAUCAUCGGGCACUCUGCCAGCGUGAAGAGUCCGAGUAUACUCAACACCUUCGCCAUACACAAUGCGCCAAACCUCAUCCUCGACACCAUCAAGCGCGCCGAAGACGACGAAGACAUCUCGCGCCAUGACUUGCCCGUAAAGUCUGGACACAGCGUCAUUCUGCGCAUUUACGAUGCGUUGGGAGGCAAGAGUAAGGGCGUGUUGACGUGGGGGGCGCUGAAGGUGAAGAAAGUGGUCAAGUGCAAUGCGUUGGAGGAUGAGGAGGAGAGUCUUGAGGUUAAGGAUGUGCAUGGAGGGGAUGGAGGGAAGGAGAAGGGGGUUGUGGUGGGAGUUAGAGCGUUUGAGAUUGUCACCCUGAAGGUUGUGCUGGAGGAUUAGGAGGGUAGUGGGAUGAGAUAUGUAUGGAGCGCUCGGGGGUGAGGGUGUAGACGUUAUCGUUGGAGCAAUGCUUGAUAUUGCAGAUGUAUUUGUUCAC